AUGUUUAGAAUUAGCACGUUUAUUCUCAUUUUUUCUACUAUUUAUUUAACAUAUGGAUAUGAAAGUCCAAUAGAAGAAAAAGAUUUUAAAAAAGUAUUAAAACAAAAUAAAAAUGUUCUUGUACUUUGUUCACCAAAUGAUCAAAGUGCAAAAUCAGUUCUUCAAAUAUUUAAACAGGUUGAACCAGAAAUAAAAGGUCUAGGCUUACUUGUUUAUAUCAAUUGCGAAAAAGGAAAAAAACUUUGUAAAAAGUUCAAAUUUGAUGCAAACAAUCUUGAAUUACGACAUUUUAAGGAUGGAGAAUUCCAUAAAGUAUAUGAUCGUGCACUUGUAGCAAAGUCUAUGAUAAAUUUUAUGCUUGAUCCUAAAGGUGAAAUGCCAUGGGAAGAAGAAGAACUUGCUCAUGAUGUUGUUCAUUUAAAUAACCACAAAGAUCUUGAACGAGUAUUAAAGAAACCAUUACCAUUAUUAGUUAUGUUCUAUGCACCAUGGUGUGGACAUUGUAAACGAUUAAAACCAAUUUAUGCUGAAGCAGCUACUGAUGUUCGUGGUCAAUAUCAAUUAGCUGGUAUGAAUGUUGAUAAAACUGGAAAUUAUGGAAUUCGAAAACUAUUCAAUAUAACUGGUUUUCCUACUAUUAUCUAUUUUGAAAAAGGUGAAAAAAAAUUUCAUUAUACAGGUGGUCAUACUAAAGAUGAUAUUAUAAAUUGGCUUAAAGAUCCACAACCACCAAAAGAACCAACGGCAGAAGAACUUACACAAGAAUUCUUUCCAACUGAUAAUGAUAAUUCUAGUUAUAUUGUUCAUUUGGAUGAUGUAACAUUCGAUGCAUUUAUUGCUGAAAAUGCUCAAUCACCUAUUUUAACAAUGUUCUAUGCACCAUGGUGUGGACAUUGUAAAAAUUUGAAACCAGAAUUAAUUAAAGCAUCAGUUGAUUUGCAUGAUCAAGAGAGUAAUGCUAUAAUAGCUGCUAUCGAUGCAACUAAAUCACCAAAAUUAACAAAACAAUACAAAAUCGAAGGAUUUCCAACAAAUGGAAAAUUUGCUUUCGAUAUACAUGAAAGAACAGCUGAAAAACUUGUUCAAGUUUUAAAAGAUCCAAAAGAACCACCACCACCUGAACCAGAAUGGUCUGAACAAGAAACAGAUGUUGUUCAUUUAAAUGAAGAAAAUUAUAAAACAAUUUUAAAGAAAAAGAAAUCUGCUUUAAUAAUGUUUUAUGCACCAUGGUGUGGUCAUUGUAAAAAAGCCAAACCUUUAUUUACUAGUGCUGCAGCCAAAUUUACAGAUAAUCCAAAAGUUAUGUUUUCUGCUGUUGAUUGUACAAAAAGUCAAUCAAUAUGUAAAGAAUAUGAAGUACAAGGUUAUCCAACAAUAAAAUAUUUUAGUUUUGGAAAAUUUAUUGCGGAAUACGAAAGUGAUAGAACAGAAGAAGCUUUUGUUGAAUUUAUGACUAAUCCAGAAGAACAAAUGAAUAAACCUAAACCUACACCACCAACAGCGAAUCCCAUUGAUUUUUGGAAAGAUGCAGCACCUGGUUAUGAACAUGUUCAUAUGCUUGAAUCAAGUAUAUUUGAUUCAAUUAUUGGUGCAUCUCGUAAAGCAUUAGUUAUGUUCUAUGCACCAUGGUGUGGACAUUGUAAAGAUUCAAAACCUGCUUUUGCAUCUGCUGCAGCUCAAAUCGCUUCAACACAUCAGGAUAUUAUUCUUGGUGCUGUUGAUGUACCGGCUCAUAGAGAUCUGGGUAAUAAAUAUUCAAUAAAAGGUUUUCCAACAUGCUCGGUUCGUGAACAACGACCAAUAUGGACACCAAGUGGAUUUUAUUAUUUAAUUAUGUCAUUUUUCAAUUUUAUUACAUUAUUUUUUCGUUCAUUGGUUGAUCCAACUUUGACUAAACAUGGAAGAAAUAUGGAAUCAACUAAUUAUCGCACCGGUGGCACUGGUGGUGGUGGCGGCGGUGGCGGUGGCGGUAGAGGUGGUCGAUUCGAUCGACCUCCUGAUGCACGACCAAGACGACGUAUGGGUGGAUUUGGUGGUACAGGUGGAGGUAAAGAAAAAACAUAA